UUCACUGACUCUUUCACCGCCGGUGUUCCCCUCAAUGUGACGCCAUUAGAUAGCUUCCGAGCUUACAAAAACACUUUGUAUUAAUAACUGUUGCCAAGGCAGGAGUAACAAGAUGAGUACCAUGUUUGCAGACACAAUCCUCAUCGUUUUCAUCUCCAUUUGUACUGCCCUGCUAGCCGAAGGAAUCACUUGGGUGCUGGUGUACCGCACUGAGAAGUACAAGAGGCUCAAGGCUGAAGUGGAAAAACAAAGCAAGAAACUGGAGAAGAAAAAGGAAACUAUUACAGAAUCUGCAGGACGUCAACAAAAGAAGAAGAUAGAGAGACAGGAAGAGAAGCUGAAGAACAACAACAGAGAUUUAUCUAUGGUGCGAAUGAAGUCUAUGUUUGCCAUUGGCUUCUGCUUCACAGCUUUGAUGGGCAUGUUCAACUCCAUUUUUGAUGGCAGAGUGGUGGCCAAGCUGCCUUUUGUUCCGCUGUCUUACAUUCAAGGGCUGUCACAUCGGAACCUGCUGGGCGAGGAUUACACUGACUGCUCCUUUAUUUUCCUUUACAUCCUCUGCACCAUGUCCAUCAGACAGAACAUCCAGAAGAUGUUGGGCCUUGCCCCCUCCAGAGCGGCGACCAAACAGGCGGGCGGCUUCUUGGGACCUCCUCCCCAGGCAGCCAAGUUUUCCUAAUCAACUUCAGGAGUGACUUCAUUGAACUGCAACAAUUGGAGCCGUUUUGCUAUUUUAACCAUGAAUUGACACAAUAACCAUCUGUCUCACUCUGUCAUUUCUUACACGAAAAAUAAAGUUUUAUUGAGACUUG